GUACAGAGUCGUCAACCUACUUAUCUUCCUAUUUCCCAGAGGUUUUACCGUUUCUUCCAUCUCCUCUCAUUCAGACCGAUUUCGUUCAUUGUCGUAUCGUCUAUGCUCUGCCACACCAUGGCUGCCCGCCGGUCGAUUGCCCGUUCCCUCCCCGCUCUCCACGCUUCUCCCCGCAUCACCGCAGCCAGAGCUACGUCCGCUGCAACGGCAGCCUCACGCUCUCUCUCUACUGUCUCAUCCAGGUCCCCUGCAGCAUCAACAGCCCAGGAUCUAUCGUCUUCUUCUACUCUCCGCACAUCGACCCCCCUCGUCGCUACUCGCAGACUGCAUGCCACCGCCAAACACCUCAGCCCCGCAGGAACCACUAGCGCCGCCUCUACUGCCACCGAAUACCCGACCACCCACGAUCCCAUUGCCAACCCCAUUGACACAACAAAUUUCAUUGACAAUGAGUUCGUUUCGUCAAAGGCCACUGAAUGGAUCGAUCUGCACGAUCCAGCCACCAACAACCUCGUGACUAGAGUGCCCCAGAGCACUGACGAGGAGCUGCGCGCCGCCGUCGAGUCGGCCCAGAAGGCGUUCCCUGCAUGGAGAGCCACGAGCAUCAUCCACAGGCAGCAGGUUCUGUUCAAGUUCGUCAGCCUCAUUCGAACCCAUUGGGACCGUCUGGCUGCCUCCAUCACCCUCGAGCAGGGUAAGACCUUCCCCGAUGCCAGGGGUGAUGUUCUCCGUGGUCUGCAGGUUGCUGAGACCGCAUGUGGAAUUACCACCCAGAUUACGGGUGAGGUUCUGGAGGUUGCCAAGGAUAUGGAGACUAGGAGCUACCGGGAGCCAUUGGGUGUUGUUGCGGCUAUUUGCCCAUUCAACUUCCCGGCCAUGAUUCCCCUCUGGUGUAUUCCCAUUGCUACCGUUACUGGUAACUGCUUGGUUCUGAAGCCGUCAGAACGUGACCCAGGUGCAGCGAUGAUUCUCGCAGAGCUGGCUAAGGAAGCAGGCUUCCCCCCCGGAGUGGUCAACAUCAUUCACGGUUCUGCAAGGGCUGUUGACUUUAUCCUUGAUGAGCCCGCCAUCAAGGCAAUCAGCUUUGUCGGCAGUAACCGAGCUGGUGAAUACAUCUACACUCGAGGCUCUGCCAACGGCAAGCGUGUCCAGGCCAACCUGGGUGCCAAGAACCACGCAGCUGUCCUUCCAGACUGCAACAAGAACCACGCCUUGAACUCCAUUGUCGGUGCCGCAUUUGGUGCCGCCGGCCAGCGCUGCAUGGCAUUGAGCACCCUUGUUUUGGUCGGUGAAACGAAGGAGUGGCUGCCGGAGAUCGCAGAGCGAGCCAAGGCCCUCAACGUCAACGCUGGAUUCGAGGCCGGCGCCGAUCUUGGACCAGUCAUUAGUCCUCAGAGCAAAAAGCGCAUCGAGGAUUUGAUUGCCAGCGCAGAAAAAGAGGGUGCCACCAUCCUUCUCGAUGGAAGGGGAUACAAGCCCGAGAAAUAUCCCAACGGCAACUUUGUCGGACCUACCAUUAUCACCAACGUCACCCCAGACAUGACCUGCUACAAGGAAGAAAUCUUCGGCCCCGUCCUCGUCUGCCUCAACGUCGACACCCUCGACGACGCCAUCAACCUCAUCAACUCCAACGAAUACGGUAACGGCGCUGCCAUCUUCACCCGCUCCGGCUCCACAGCAUCCCGGUUCCAGAAAGACCUCGAAGCCGGCCAGCUCGGUAUCAACGUCCCCAUCCCCGUGCCGCUGCCCAUGUUCUCCUUCACGGGCAACAAGAAGAGUAUCGCUGGUGGUGGUGCGAAUACGUUCUACGGCAAGCCCGGGCUGCAGUUCUACACGCAGCAGAAGACGGUGACGAGCCUCUGGAAGAGUGAGGAUGCGAUUAACACCAAGGCCAGCGUGGUGAUGCCGACUAACCAGUAGAAACUGGGUAGAAUGGUAUAUGUAUGGUUGGACCAAAUAAAAGAAAAAAAAAAGGGAAAAGAGUACCGAGUAUAUGACUGGACAGAUUAAAGAUCUAUCUAAUUGCGUUUAUUUAUUUUCCUACCCUUUGUUGGGCAUGUAUGUGGCAUAUAGAUAUUACUAGGUAGUGUCAACCAAUUUGAUAUGAUAUCCAAUAGUUAAGCUUCGA